UCCGAGCCCUUCCUCACGCGCUACCUGCUGGAGCCGCACAAGAACCUCACGCAGAGCCAGGUGUUCAAUGAGAUCUACCCAGUGUGGACCUAUUCUUACCUGGUGUUGCUCUUCCCUGUGUUCCUGGCCACCGACUACCUCCGGUACAAGCCUGUGGUGCUGCUGCAGGGCCUGAGCUUCAUUGUGACGUGGUUCAUGCUGCUCUAUGCCCAGGGGCUGCUGGCCAUCCAGUUCCUCGAGUUCUUCUAUGGUGUGGGCACUGCCACAGACAUUGCCUACUACUCCUACAUCUACAGCGUUGUGGACUUGAAUUUGUACCAGAAGGUCACCAGUUACUGCCGGAGCGCCACGCUGGUGGGCUACACCGUGGGCUCGGUGUCUGGGCAGCUCCUGGUGUCGCUGGCAGGCUGGUCCCUCUUCAGCUUAAACGUUAUCUCCCUGACCUGCGUGUCGAUCGCCUUUGGUAUGGCCUGGUUUCUGCCAAUGCCCCAGAAGAGCCUUUUCUUCCACCAUGUCUCACGUCAGCAGUGCAGCAGGGAGAUGAAGGUCAUAGACUGUAAAAAUGGCUCUGCUGUCCAAGAUUGUCCUGACAUUCAGAGGACGCAGGGCUGGGAGGAUGAGACAAAAAUUCCCUUAAAUGAGAAGGGGCAGUCAUCACAGAAGCAGGAGCAGAAAGUAGAGAUCUCGAAGGUGCUCAGAGAGCUGUGGGAAGACUUCCUGCAGUGUUAUUCCUCCCGACCCCUGCUCUGCUGGUCUGUGUGGUGGGCGCUGUCAACCUGCGGCUACUUCCAGGUCAUUAACUAUGCUCAGGGCCUUUGGGAGAUGGUGCUGCCUUCCCACAGCUCAGAGAUCUAUAACGGUGCCGUGGAGGCGGUCUCGACGCUGCUAGGAGCUGUCACAGUGGUUGUUGUGGGUCAUAUAAAAACAUCCUGGGCAACGUGGGGUGAGGUGGCACUUGCCCUGUUCUCCUUUCUUAUUGCUGCUGCUGUGUAUAUCAUGGACACUGUUCAUAACAUCUGGGUAUGCUAUGCAUCAUACGUUGUCUUCAGAAUUAUCUACAUGCUGCUGAUCACAAUAGCAACGUUCCAGAUUGCCACAAAUCUUAGUGUGGAGCGGUAUGCCCUGGUGUUUGGAGUCAACACUUUUAUUGCCUUAGCACUUCAGACCCUGCUCACACUGAUUGUCGUGGAUGCCAGUGGACUCGGGUUAGACAUCUUCACUCAGUUCAUGAUUUAUGCCUCUUACUUUGCGGCCAUCUCUCUGCUGUUCCUGGGGAGUGGUAUCUACAGUAUUAUAAGGACUUACAGAAGACGAGAGCAGGUUCAAAGCAGAUCUCCUGAAAACCAUUAGUGCACCGAGGGAAUGCUCUCUGCAACUCUAUAUGAAGUGAUAGGUUUGCUUUUUAAUCUCUGCCUUUACUUCCCAAGGCAGUCACCUUACUGUAUUUGUUCCAUAUUUAUACUAUAUUAGUAUCACAUUUUAGAAUGUAUAUGUAUUAGCUCUUACGUAAGUAAGAACAAAUAUCUUCUUUCUAAAAUGCCUUUUGUUCUUCUGUUGCAUGUAUGGGAAGCGCAGCAGAGAACUUUAAACCAUUUCAAAAGGUGAAAGGCUUGGGAGGUUUUGGUCUAGUGUGCGUGU